CAAAAAGUCCUCAGCCAAACUGCCAGUUUGGAGCAGACUUUGCUUAAACCUCUUCGGUUCAGUUGAGUAUUUCUCCUCCCUUCACGCUUCUGAAAAAGAAAAUAUAUCCUAAUUUUGCUACAUUUCUCAUUGGAUUGCUGUUCAGAAGGUUGAGGCCUACAUUUAACACAUCAAUACGUUUUCCGGUGCCAGAUAAUUGCUGUAUAUUGAAGGCCUUGGGAAUUUAUCAGCUAAGAGAGUCAGAGUGGAACAUUGGGAAAUGUUUAUCACAGUGAAAUUUGGGGACGAUCAUCAAAUUUUACUGAACCCCAACUGCAAGUUAGUUAACCUGAUAGAAAGCCUGAAGGAGCAGUGCCAAUGUGGACCUGAUGUUUCUAUAGAUCUCCUAGAUGAAUCAGGGAACCUAAUCAACCUCAGUGAUCUGGAGGGAUCCCAAGACAUUGCCACAAAUCACCUGCAUGAGCGACAAUGCUAUGUAUUGGUCAAGGUCAUCCGAGGAGAAGGAUCAGAACCAGCACGCUAUGAGUCACUGCUGGAGAACUUGUGGAAACGGUCUCCAGAGCUAGCAGAGCGCCUGCAGAAACUAUCCCAUCCGAAUAUGAAAGAUAAGUGGCGCAACCCUGUUCAUAAAAAGAUCCGUGCCCCCAAGGAAGCAGCAUUUACUUCCUCUACCAGGAGUCGAUUGUCAUCUCAACAAAAGAGCCGUCUAUCUUGAAAGUUGAUCCAUUUAUGGGAUAGGAGUCAAGUGGAAUUAAUAAGGACUUCUUGUCAACGAGCAAUACAGGAGCUGUAACAUAUCAGAAGUCCGGCCCUUGUAUAUUAAUAUUUUAAUGUGAAUGCAGAGCUAAGACAGAGUGAGUGAAGCUAAGGUGGCUCAGGCUUGGAACUGACCAGAGGAAUAUACCCAGUAUUCAUCUCAGGAAGUUAGAUGUUAGAGAUUUGUGUUCUCAUCUGAACUAAGGAGGAAUUUGGAAAAAAAAACCUUGGUACGUUCAACUAAAACAGGCUUCCCCAAACUCCAGCCCUCCAGAUGUUGCUGAACUACAACUCCCAUGAUUCUCAGCCUAUUUCAUUCAUAGAAUCAUGGGAGUUGUAGUUCAGCAGCAUCUGGAGGGCCGGAGUUUGGGGAAGCCUGAACUAAAACAUGCAGCUUUUCAUAAAUGAUCUGACAAUUAUGAGAUAAAUCACUUUGUUAUGCAGCCUUAGCCACAACUCCUCUGGAUCCCUUCCUGCUCUAUUAAAGAAACACUGAAAGUUUUGUUUUCUUUUAAGCAAUUUAGUAAACAUA